AUGGUGACCGUAUCCGAUCCUCCUGUUGAAGAUUUCAUUGACAGCCACAACCGUGCUGCCGAGAAGAUUGCUGCUACCAGAGCCGCCGCCACCAAGAAGAAGACUAACGAUGAUCUCUCUUCUGACUCUGAAGAUGAGCAGCCUCCUCCUUUGAAGAAGGUGCGAGGAAAGGAGCCGACUGGCAAGACCGUCAUUGACGAUGACUCUUCUGAAGACGAAGACGAAGAAAAUGCAGAAGAUACCUCAGCAGAGGAAUCCGAUGAAGAUGACUCCGAGGACGAGGAGGAUACUGCGAAGAAGCCCAAAGGGAAGAAAGGAGUGACCAUUGCCUUCCCUGGUGGACGUGGCAGUGGACGAGGCGGUGGCCGUGGCCGUGGUCGUGGACGAGGCGGCGGCCGUGGCCGUGGUCGUGGCCGUGGCAAGAAGAAUGGUAAUUCAAAAGCCAAAGCCAAUCAUGACGACAUCAAAGCUGAAGGAGAAGCAAAAAAGAGGGAUGCAAAAUAUGACAAGCUCGAUGACUACUGUCUUUCCCGUGCCGUUGUGAAUGUGACAUGCAAUCUCAAGAAGGGAGCCAAGGAAAAGGGCAAAGUGUACUGGCAGAACAUCGCCGACAAAUUCGAAGAGAUCCGUGCUACGGAUUUUCCCGACAGGCCCAAAAGGACUUGGGAAUCUUGCUACAACCGUUGGACCCGGCAUAUCCUCAAAUCAAUGAAUCUUUUCAUUCCUUGCUACCGCCACGUGAAGAAGAAUCCCAAGUCUGGCUGGGCGAAUGAAAAAGACUUUAUUGAAGCUGCGAGAGAGGAAUACAUGGACAAGCAUGACGCUGUAUUCAAAUUUGAACCGUGCCUGGAAGUAUUGAAGUCCCUUCCCCGUUUUGAUCCAAAUUUGACGGCAGAGGAGGCCGCCACACAGGAGGAACGCGUCGUUGAGUUGGCCGACAGUGGCGAUGAAAAAGGAGCCACGGAACAGCCAACAACCGGCAACAACACGGCUGAAGUUGCUUCUGUCAUGGGCUCUACUAUCCCUCGGCCUCCCGGUACCAAGGCUUUCAAGGAACAGCAAAAGAAAAUUAUGUUGGAGGGUAUCUCUGAUGAAAAGAAAGUCCAAGCUAUCGAUCGUUUGACUGCUGCCCAUAAAGAAUUCAAUUCCAUUGCAGGCAGCCAAGAGAGCCACCAGAAUCCCAUCGUAGUGGCCCCACCUGACCGGGAAGAAAUUCAGCGUCGGGAUGGCAAUGGUGCCAAUCCCGCAAAUGCAAUUGGCUUGGGUGGACGAUCGAAUGUGGAAAUUGAAGGAAUUACUCGUAGAGACCAGUGGAGAAAGGUUAGAGAUGUUGACGAACAUGAGCGCCUACAGGAGGCAUUGACUGCGGAGUGUCAGCGUCUAAGUAGAGAGUUCUUUGGCAACAACUAG